AUGGCGGUCGGCGGUGUCACUCUGGUGUCACUCUGGUUCCCCGGCAGGUCCGGCACGCAGGAGGGGAUGGCAGAGGACGCGCUCUAUGAAAAGAUCUCGAAGAAGGGCGGACUGACCGCGGGCGACACCCAGGAGGAGACCGAACCCAUCAACCUUCUGCAGAAACUGCGCAGCCGCAUCACGAAAGCCGUGCAAACAAAAGUGGACGGUAUACUGGGGGAUGUCCAGAAGUUGUCAGACUAUGACAAGCUCUACCUGUAUCUCCAGCUGCCACCCGGCCCCAGCGGCCCCGACAAGAGCCUGGAUGUAGGAUGCGUGACCACGGCGGAACACAUGCACGCCUGUACGUGGAUCCGGAACCACCUGGAGGAGCACACCGACACCUGCCUGCCCAAACAGGAUGUCUACGACGCCUAUAAGCGCUACUGUGACAACCUCUGCGGGCGGCCGCUCAGCGUAGCCAACUUCGGGAAGAUCAUCCGGGAGAUUUUCCCCAAUAUUAAGGCCCGGAGGCUGGGAGGGCGGGGCCAGUCCAAAUAUCCUUCUGUGUGUGUGAGGCCGAAGAGUUAUGGGUGAGCAUAGCCGCCCCUGCCCAGCCUGGACCACACACCAAGAUGACCGAAAGUUCUGAGCUGACGGAUCUGGUCCAAUCGUACAAAACAACGACGUGAUCAACGCCUCCUGCGCUCUGAUCUGCAAUUGGGCGGAGAGAUCCUGAAGCGAUCGUUCCAACAACGUGGUGGAAGUGGCCCAAUUUCUGAUCCAGCCAGCACAUCAUUAACCCCCGCAGCGCCAAUGCCGAGCUGGUCCUUCUCCAUGCGUCCUGUCAGAAAACUCUCAGAGCGGAGGGCAGAAAAAUACAGAAACUGUCCGGCAGAUGUGCCCGGACCAAGAGGCCCCGUCCCCCGAUAACAGCAUGGCAGACAAUAAGAACAAGAAGACGCCCCCCAAUACGCACCCAGUCAGCCCCCCGCAGGUGAGGAAGCGCCCCCCCGAGCCGCAGAAGGCAGCCAGCAGCCCCCAGGUGGACGCUUUGGUCGCCAAGCUUCCGGUCCUCCGCCCCCGCCUCCCCACAGAAGACAAGUUCCUCAGUUCCAGCCCGCCGGUCCGAUUCCCCCCUCCCGUCCUGGCUUCCAAUAUCAUCCCCGGGCACUUGAAGGUGUCGCCUUUGCCGUUCGCCGCCGUUCCUCCGGUAGUGCCCCUGGCGGUCACCGCGGGGGUGAACGGGACGGGAUUGGUCCCUCAGCCGGUGACUCAGCCCGUCAUCAGUAUGAUCCUCCCGGACAUGGUCAACUUGGAACCUCACGCCCUGCCGAAAGCCAACCAGAACGGCAUCAAAGAGCUGGCGGGGGGCUCGCCCGAAAACAAAGCGGCCAAACGGCUCGUGGCCUCCGUGGAGGAGGGGCAGUCGAAAAGGAAACGGGGCCGCCCAAGGAAGGUGGACAAUUCUGGAAAGGGGCCCUCGACGUCUACGGCACAGCCCGGGAGGAUGGUAGCGGAAAACCCCGGCGCGCCGCAAAUUAGGGACAAUGCCCAGGACGCCGUCGGCUCGGCCCUGCAGGGAAACGACUCCACGGCACCGCCGACCACCGAAGACCCGAUCCCGAAAAGUCAGCUGGAGGCGCCAGAGGUGCUUCCUCCCAGCCCGGCCGAGACGCGGGAAGCCCAGUCCGCUCCCGAGGUCAGGAGGCCGGACGUCGUGCCCAACCAGGUCAGUGUCAUCCAAGAUGGCCGACAGAGCCUGGUGCAGUGGACUGUACGGACUGCAGAGCAGAGGAGCAACCGGGAGGAAGCGUCCACGCCCAGCGAAUCGGAAUGGGUUAGGAUCCAGGUUGACUGA